UUGGAGCAUUCUCAGUCUAACUUUGUCAGUGUUUACUUAAAAGUUCUUAACUCGCAAUCAUGACUGGUCGUGGUAAGGGAGGAAAAGGAUUGGGAAAAGGAGGAGCCAAGCGGCAUCGUAAAGUUCUUCGUGAUAACAUCCAGGGUAUCACUAAACCAGCUAUCCGUCGUCUGGCUCGUCGUGGUGGAGUCAAGCGUAUCUCCGGUCUGAUCUACGAAGAAACCCGUGGAGUUCUCAAGGUCUUCCUUGAAAACGUUAUCCGUGACGCAGUUACCUACACCGAGCACGCUAAGCGUAAGACUGUCACCGCCAUGGACGUUGUCUACGCUCUGAAACGUCAAGGCCGUACUCUCUACGGUUUUGGAGGCUAAUUUUAUCACUCGACCCAGCAAUUCAUUAAACCAAACGGCCCUUUUCAGGGCCACCAAAUUUUUCAUACGUAAAAAGUAAAUCGAGUUUUAUUCUUAAAUAUUAUUGAUUGCAUCAUUUGUUCUGUAUUUGCUCACUAUUCUAUGUAACCAAUUUAUGAACCCUAAUUAUCUUGAAUAAUAAAACUACAAAAGAACGCCUUAAUAAACAAACGGUAUAUUUUAUCAUCGAC